UUUGCAACAUCUGAACGUAAAACGCUUAUGAGAGACUACAGUAAACCUCUGCGUAUAGGCAUGCGACAACGUGAUACUGUCGCCAGGAAUAUCUCUGGCUAGACUAGAAAUAUCAGAUUGCCCCAGUCGUACGAAACGUGGUUGUAUUCGCAGUGAAGUAACACUUGAGACACGACAUGAUAUCACAUGCGAGUGCACAAGGAUUGUGUGAAUUAAUGGAAAUAUGUCCAAGAAAAGGGGCAGAAAGCGUAGCAGCGGUGAGCUGAGUGAGAGUUCUGGUUCGUCUCUGUCACCAACUCCAGACCCUAACAACCUGCUGGGCCUGCGGAUUGAGCACAACUGGAGGGAGAAAGGCAACCUGACCAAGUGGAAAGGCACUGUGCUGGAGCGCCUUACUGUCAACACCUCCCUUUACAUGGUCAAAUACGACGGCUUUGACUGUGUCUAUGGCAUUGAGCUGUUCAAAGACGAGCGAGUGUCCAAUCUGCAGGUUUUGACUGAGAAAGUUGUAAACAACAAGAUAAAGGUGCCUCACGAUGCCCCAGAACUGGUGGGAAAGGCUGUGGAGCACCUGUUUGAGAAGGAGGAUGGUGAGAAGAACGAGUGGAGGGGCAUGGUCCUCUCUCGCGCCCCCGUCAUGACCAACUGGUACUACAUCACCUAUGAGAAGGACCCCGUGCUGUACAUGUACCAACUAUGGGAUGACUAUAAGGACGGAGACCUCCGCAUCCUCCCUGAAGCAGAGAACAAACACUUGUUGCCCGCAGACAGGAAGCCAGGCGAGGAGACCGAGAGCCUUGUGGGUAAGCAGGUGGAGUAUGUCACAGACAAGGGCGUGAAGAGGACGGGUCUGGUUAUCUACCAGGUUCCUGCCAAACCCUCUGUCUACUACAUCAAAUAUGACGACGACUUCCACAUUCACGUCUACGACCUGGUCAAAACCACCUAAACAGUGUUGGACCUGGUCAAAACCACCUAGAAAUGACUCUCUAAUCCCCUUGUCUCCAGCCCUCACACCUGUACACUCACCUUGAGGUCGACUCAUUUCAACUCAGUCAAUUCAGGAAGUGAGUUAGAAUUCAAUAUUCACCAAAGAGUUGAAUGUUGAGAUACAUUUAAUUCCUUAGUGGAAGUUUCAAUACAUCUCCAGAGUUGACUGGAUUGAAAUUGAACUCUCUGCAACCCUGACACGUACCUGUCUUUAUUGUGGAUGUGUUCCCUGCCCUGUGUCUCGUCCAGUUGGAGAGGUUAGAAGUUCUCCCAAGCGUGAACUCAACUAGGCUUUUGUAAACAGUGCAAAGCUUGCAUGUAUUUUCUUUUGUUUUAAGAAACGAGAUUAAGCAGCAUUUUUUUAUUUU